UUUAAUUCGUUUCAUAACUGUCAGAAGCGUUGACUCUCUCUGUUCACUUCUGCUGUACAGAUGCCAAUGUGUAAGAUUUUCAUCUAAUAUCAAUAAUUAUAACAUAUUAUUUAUGUGAUAAAUUCUGUUAUUAAUAAUGAAGGUGAAGAUUUUAACAAGAAAUCCGGACGAAUAUUUACGUGAAACCAAGCGUGAUAUUCAUAAACUUCCUAGGAAUUAUGAUCCAUCAUUACAUCCUUUUGAAGCGGCAAGAGAAUAUACAAGAGCUUUAAAUGCGGUAAAAUUGGAUAAAAUUUUUGCAAAGCCAUUCAUUGGUAAUUUGGAAGGCCAUAAAGAUGGUAUAUCAGCUGUUUGUAAACAUCCUAUGCGUUUGUCGGUUCUUCUUAGUGGUGCUUUCGAUGGAGAAUUAAAAAUAUGGAAUCUAUCUAAUAGAACAUCGGAAAGAUCUUUCUUAGCUCAUGAUGGUAUACUUCGUGGUAUUAUAUUUGUUCCAAGUGGACAACAUUUCAUAACUAUAGGCGAUGAUAAAACCAUAAAGACAUGGAAAGCUGAAAAGCCAUCAUUUGGUGAAGAAGAAGAACCUGUUAAUACUAUUAUUAGCAAAACUCAAUUAAUUGGUAUAUCGCAUCAUCGAAGAGAUCCAAUUUUUGCAACUUGUGGAGAUACUUGUCAACUUUGGGAAGAGACAAGGAAUGAACCGAUACGUACUUUCAAAUGGGGUGUAGAUAGUUUGCAUGAUGUUAAGUAUAAUCCUGUUGAAACAAAUUUGUUAGCUGCUUGUUCUAGCGAUCGUAGUAUUAUUUUAUAUGACGCUAGAGAAACAGGUCCAUUAAGAAAAAUUAUAAUGAGAUUACAAACUAACAAACUUUCUUGGAAUCCAAUGGAAGCUGUCACUUUUACGUGUGCUAAUGAGGAUUAUAACUUAUAUACUUACGAUAUACGUACAUUAAAGAUACCAGUAAAUGUACACAUGGAUCAUGUAGGUGCCGUAAUAGACGUUGAUUAUUCUCCAACUGGUAGAGAAUUUGUUUCUGGUAGUUACGACAAAUCUAUUCGUAUUUACGAAGUUAAUAAAGGACAUUCUCGAGAGGUUUAUCACACGAAACGAAUGCAAAGGAUAACCAACGUGGCUUGGUCUCUUGACAAUAAAUAUAUAAUUAGUGGUAGCGAUGAAAUGAAUUUACGUGUAUGGAAAGCUAGAGCCUCAGAAAAAUUGGGUGUGCUUAAACCCAGGGAAAAAACGUCUUUGAAUUAUUGCAAUGCAUUGAAAGAAAAAUUUGCGGCUCAUCCACAAGUACGUCGUAUUGCUAAGCAUAGACAAGUGCCAAAACAUAUUUAUAAUGCCCAAGCUGAGAUACGAACGAUUCGUGAAAAGAGUAAACGAAAGGAGGCUAAUAGACGUGCUCAUUCAAAGAAAGGAACAGUACCAUUCGUAUCGGAAAGGGAAAAGCAUAUUGUACGUCAGGAUGAAUAAGACGUUCAGAUCGGCCAUCAUUUUGCGAAAAUCCGCGAGCGUGUUGUAAUCCGGAUCCGAGUCGAUGUCCGCGAAAUCCUUGUUCGAGUCGCUCUUCACGAAGCUGGGAUUGUAUCGGCUUAACGACAGUGGACAUGGCAACAGCUCUGGCAUUACGGAAUGGUGGGUUAUCAGGGCUGUCAGCGUUGUGAAUUCUUUCGUAAAGCCCUGCAACAGACACGAAACGAUGCUUUGUCUUUUACCCUUUAAUACAUUUACAGUACAUUGUUGCACUCAUAUGGAAGCCGAGCGAUAAGGCUACGUUCGUGUUUAUAAGUGCAUACAUAUAUAUAUAUACCAAUGUAUUACUUGAUGAAAAUAAAGUGCUCUAUCAUUUUCA